UGAAGUUUUCCCUUUUUUUUUUAUUUGUAAGGCAGGUUUCAAGUGAGCGGCAGUACUAAAUAGUCGAAAGAUUCUGCUUUUGGAGUCGGGGUUUUCUUGGGCUAAAGGACAACACUUGUUGCAUAGAAAUGUCAAAUUGAAGCUUAAGCCAAACGCCCAAACGGCAAUCAUCAAGAGUUGCGCUAAAAGGUAUGAGUCCACCCGGGUCUAUUACUUGAUCCCCUUAACACGAAAACUAGGAUUAAUUGAUCUGGUCGCAACCCAACAUUAGCGGAGGAAAUACAUCGAACACAUAGUGGGCAGGAGAGAAAGACGAAGCCCCACGCACCCGACAAUGGCCAAAGGGUGUCACGCGUGCAGGGAAGUCGAAGAAGAAACCGAGAACAACUUUAUCCCCUUCCUCACCUCCCAAUUCGUCGUCUCCUCCCCCUGCUACUACUCCGCCGCGGCCGCCUCCUCCCGGGCUAUUCCACUCCUAUCCCUCGGCGAAUUCGACUUCCUCCACCCCUCUUCCACCUCCGUCCAUGCCGAGGAAACCCUUCCUUCGCCGCAUUGCUCCGAUUAUCCUCGUCGGCUCUGGAGCUUAUCUAUUUAUGAGGAAUAGAAAGAAAGAGUCUGUUGGGUCAGCGGAGAUAGCUUAUCAGGAGAGCCAGUCCGCUGGGGCGGAGGAGUUAGCUUACCAAGAGACCUCUUCGGCACCUGCUGAGACUCUCCGUGGAUAACACCGGCAAGUGUAAACUCCCCAGAAACCUGUAUUUUUCUCGCCCUUCAUUUUGCUCCUUUUUUUUUUCUUCUUAUGAAUAGCAAAUCGUCCUCUCAUGCAAAUAAAGAUUAAUACGGGUAGUGCUCCAAUAGGCUGCAGAGAAGGAAAUUGCAUGAUUAGCUAAGGUCAAUCUUAAAGCACUAUACUUUUUGUUCUUUGUCUUGAAAUUGGCUUAUAGAGCAUUAUCCAUUCGAAUCAGGAGUGUGCCGGUUUCAAGGUUCUUGUAAAGAUUUUCUUUCCUACUCUUUACAACUUAGUCUUGACAAAUGUGUUUCAUUUUAAUCGGUUUGAGUUAGAAGACAUGCACACUGCAACAUGUAUUGUGACAGUUAUCCUCUAAUUUGGUAGUGCUAUA